UCGAUCAAAACAUCAACAACAUCAACUUAAAUAAAUUUUAUUUCUAACAAAUAUUAAGUGUAUUAACUAUGAUUUCUAAAUAAAACUAGCUGUUCACUAGCAGAGCAUAUUUUAAUAUUUGAUAAGUAAUAUUUAAUUAAUAUAACCUACAUAUUAUUCAGUAAAAUCUACAAUUUAAUAAAAAAUUUGAACUAAUACAAGCUCGUUAGGUUAGUAAGAAACUAAACAAAAAUGGUUUGUGAGAAGUGCGAAAAGAAAUUGGGCAGAGUAAUAACACCGGACCCUUGGAAGGCUGGAGCUAGGAAUACCGUGGAGUCCGGCGGACGUGUUGUUGGAGAAAACAAAGCAUUAACCGCCAAAAAAGGACGAUUUAAUCCGUACACUUCCACAUUUCAACAGUGCAAAAUCUGCAGAACGAAAGUACACCAAGUCGGAUCACAUUACUGCCAAGCUUGCGCAUACAAAAAGGGUAUAUGUGCCAUGUGUGGAAAGAAGAUUCUAGACACUAAGAAUUACAGACAGAGCUCAACUUAGUUUAUUGUUAUGUUAUCCUAGUUCAUAAGAAUUAUUACCUAAAUAAGUUCUAAAAGAAAAUAUAUAGUGUAUUUGUAAAGCAAUGCCUUGGAGUAUUUAUAGAUAGUAAUAAAGAUACUGGAAAUUUCCUCACGGAUGGUAAAGUGUGAUUGCUUCGAGGAAUAAACAGAUAGGAUUGUAAUGCCAACCUAUGAACACCCACAAUUAGCGGUACUACAGAUAAUCAAGACUUGAAUCCAAGAAAUCGAUUUCAAAAAUGAAAUGAGAAUAAUUCUAACACUCAUGAAUAAUGACAAAUUAUAAUUAUUGUUACAAGUUGUCAGCUGUCCUAUCUAU